AACCCUAUGUAUAAAAUGAAAUUUCCGGAACAUUUCUCAACGGGGUGGUACCUCUGGCUGCGGUUGAGCUGAUAAGAACCCUGAAUGGGGUCAUAAUUGAAUUUAAGGGUUGUUAAAUCAGUGGAGUGUGGUAUUGGCCCCGGGACACCACCUGGUAUCUGGUUAACAAUAAAUUAACCGAUGACGCAGGACAGGUUUAUUGAAUCCUCCCACAUGCUCUUUUGCCUGUAUAAAAGCCAAGGAAGAUCCCUAGGGAGCACAUUCCACAUCCACCAGUCCACCGACUAAGAUGAGGAAAACAAGAUUGGUAAUUUUGCCAGGCGCCAGAUGCCUAAACCAACUAGGGUGUCUUUUACUGUUCUUGGCCUGUCCCAUGAUUGCUUUCAAAGGGCAGGAAAAUCGAGAAGUUGAACCAUAUUGCAAAUUGUUAACACUGAGGCAACGAUGGCUAAGCGAUGACCAGGGCCGUAUGGAAUCUAGCAUGUGCACAAAGGACGGAAGUGAAUUCAAUGGAAAAGAAAAUCAUGCUUUUUGGAAAAAUGAUCACGAUAUUAUGUUUGACGACCCGAAUGUAUUACGGCAAUCAUCCAGAGAGAGCAGUAAUUCUGACCACAAUUGGAAUAAUGCUAGAAGAAUUUCCGUUAUUCAAUCUAGGGAGAACAGACGGACAAAUGGACAAAGAAGAUCUAGGGACAACGGCAAUGAAAAUAGGAUGUCCUUUCGUACACUUUCCAUAGAAAGGGAACAGAGAUCCACCCGGUACGCUAGAAACACUCGACACAUGGAACGUGAUGAAGCAAGGAGGGUACAAAGAUCUAAUUCUCUGGAGAGACUUGAAAGGGAUGCACGAUUUACCCGAGAUACCCAAGAACGUCAAUCUGAAAUGGCACAUUCACUCCAACGGGAAACAAGGCGUGAUGCUAAUGAAAAUAGGAUGUCCUCAAGAUCACUUUCCUUGGAGAGAGAAAUGAGAAACGCCCGACUUCCCAGGGAGACACGACGCAUGGAACAAUAUGAUGAUAGGAGGGAACGAAGAGCUGCUUCUCUUGAGAGACCUGAAAGGGAUGCACGAUUUACCAAAGAACGCCUAUCUGAAAUGGCUCAUACAUUUCAAAGAUCAUCAAGGCGCAAUUUAAAUGAAAACAGGAUGGUCUCUCGAACUCUUCCAUUUCAAAGAGAAGAGCGAAUCACCCGACAAGCCAGGGAUACACAACGCAUGGAACGAGAUGAUACUAGAAAUGAACAAAGAGCUGUUUCUCUUGAGAGACUUGAACGGGGUGCACAAUUUACCCGAGAUUCCCAAGAAAGUCAAUCUGAAAAGGCUCGUUCACAUCACAGAGCAACCAGACAUGGCGAAAAUGAAAAUAGGAUAUCCUUUCGUACACUAUCCAUGGAAAGGGAGCAAAGAACCACCCGACAAGUUAGGGAUACUCGACGCAUGGAACGUGAUGAUGCUGGGAGUGAACGAAGAGCUGUUUCCGUAGAGAGACUAGAACGGGAUGCACGAAUUACCCGGGACAAACGAGAACGUCAAUCUGAAAUGGCUCAAACCCUUCACAGAGCAACUAGGCGCAACGAAAAUGAAAAUAGGAUGUCCUCUCGUAUACUCUCCAUGGAAAGGGAGCAAAGAACCACCCGACAAGCUAGGGAUAUUCAACGUAUGGAACGUGAUGAUGCUAGGAACGAACGAAGAGCUGUUUCCCUAGAGAGACUAGAACAGGAUGCACGAAUUACUCGGGACACACGAGAACGUCAAUCUGAAAUGGCUCGAUCCCUUCACAGAGCAACUAGGCGCAACAAAAAUGAAAAUAGGAUGUCUUCUCGUACACGUUCUACGGAAAGGGAGCAAAGAACCACCCGACAAGCUAGGGAUAACCGACACAUGGAACGUGAUGAUGCUAGGAGCGAACGAAGAGCUGUUUCCCUAGAGAGACUAGAACGGGAUGCACGAAUUACCCGGGACACACGAGAACGUCAAUCUGAAAUGGCUCGAUCCCUUCACAGAGCAACUAGGCGCAACAAAAAUGAAAAUAGGAUGUCUUCUCGUACACGUUCUACGGAAAGGGAGCAAAGAACCACCCGACAAGCUAGGGAUAACCGACACAUGGAACGUGAUGAUGCUAGGAGCGAACGAAGAGCUGUUUCCCUAGAGAGACUAGAACGGGAUGCACGAAUUACCCGGGACACACGAGAACGUCAAUCUGAAAUGGCUCGAUCCCUUCACAGAGCAACUAGGCGCAAUGAAAAUGAAAAUAGGAUAUCCUCUCGUCCACUCUCCAUGGAAAGGGAGCAAAGAACCAUCCGACAAGCUAGGGAUAUUCAACGUAUGGAACGUGAUGAUGCUAGGAGCGAACGAAGAGCUGUUUCUCUAGAGAGACAAUCAACUCAUGCCACCCAAGAACAUUAUUCUGACAAAGCCAGUUCCCCCCAAAGAAAAGAAAACAUGAUGUCCUCUCGAACUCGAAUAAGCCGGGAAACCAGGGAUGUCCGUAAUUUGCAAUGGGAUGAUACGAGGAGUGAACGAAGGGCUGUUUCACUUCAAAGACAGCAACGGGACGCAGGAUCGGCCCGUGUUUCUCAAGAUCAUAAAUCUGAAAUCGCCCGUCCUCUUCAAAGAGCAACUAUCCGUAAUAUAAAUGAAAUCAGGUUGUCUUCUCGCGAAAAAUCAAUGGAAAGCUAUCAUAGAAACAACCGGCAAAUCAGGGAUAGUGGACACAUGGAACGAUAUGAUGCUAGGAGCGAACGGCAGCAAUGGGAUGCAGGAUCAACUCGUGUUGCCCGGGAACGUCACUCUGAUAUGGCACAUAAACUUCAACGAGCAACUCGCAGCAUUACAAACGAAAAUAGGGUGUCCUCUCGUACUCUGUCUUUGGAAAGAGAGAUGAGGAUUACCCGGCAAGCCAGGGAAACACGACGCAUGGAACGAGAUGAUGCUCGGAGCAAACAAAGAACUGUUUCUCUUGAAAGGAAUGCACGAUUUACACACGAUACACAAGAACGUCAAUCUGAAAUGGCACGUACACUUCAACAGGCAACAAGGCGUAACACUAAUGAAAAUAGGAUGUCCUCUCGAUUACUUUCCUUGGAGAGAGAAACAAGAAACAACCGACUUGCUAGGGUUACACGAUUCACAGAAAGAAAUGAUAUUAGGAGCGAGCGAAGAGCUGUUUCUCUCGAGAGACUUGAACGGGAAGCACCGUUUACCCGAGAUACCCGAGAACGUCAAUCUGAAAUGGCACGUUCAUUCCAACGGGCAACAAGGCAUAAUAUUAAUGAAAAUAGGAUAUCAAGAUCACUUUCCUUGGGGAGAGAAACGAGAAACUCCCGACUUGCUAGGGAUUCACGUUUCAUGGAAAGAGAUGAUACUCGGAGUGAGCGAAGAGCUGUUUUUCUUGAGAGACUAGAACGGGAUGCACGAUAUACUCGAGAGUCCCGAGAACGUCAAUCUGAAAUGGCACAUUCACUCCAACAGGCAACAAGGCAUAAUGGUAAUGAAAAUAGGAUAUCCUCACAUAUUUUGUCUUUGGAACGAGAGGUGAGGAACACCCGACCUGCCAGGGAUACACGACGCAUGGAAAAAGAUGAUGCAAGGAGCGCACAAAGAGUUGCAUCACUUGAGAAACUUGAACAAGGUGCAAGAAUGGCUCAUACUACCCGACAACGUCAAUCUGAAAAAUCCCAUCCUCUCCAACGUACAGAAAGUAGGAUGUCCUCUAGAACUCUUUCUGUGGAAAUGAAGCAAAGGAACAGACAAUCAGGAAAUAAAGUGAACUUUAACAGGAACAAUUUACCCUCUGGACCAUCAACCGGCCUCAAUGAAAUUUCCGAUAUAAUAGCUGAGCUGGAAGGGCAACACAAUAUGGAGCAAAACAUCGGUUUAAUGAGUUUUAUUCCUUCCUUUAUUUGUGAUAAAGUAUCAUCAGGAUUUGAUGUCCUGAGCAAAAGACUGUGGAAUUAUACUGUGAAUGUACCUGGUAGCGAGAGUAUGAAUGGCUUCUUUUCUGGAGGAAUCAUGGCUGUCUCAUUAUUACUAAGUACCCAUAAAAGAAUAGUUGUUUAGACUUAAUUACACUACUUUCUAUUUUAUAGCCUAUCCUUUAUGAUUAGAGAAGAAAAAUAUAAAUAUAAAAAAAUGACUUUUAAACUAAUAUAUAAACAAUAAUAGUAGAAUUGUUUAAUAAAUAUAUACUUGUGAAAUAGUUAUUUUUGCUGUAUAUUAUAUUUAAAGAGUAUAUAAUUUAUUUUUGAAUCGUAGAUAUACAAUGAGAAAUGAUGUAUCAUUCCCUAAUAGUGUUUAGAACAAAAAAAUAUGUAGCAUAUUUAAAAUCAAUAGUUACCAAAGAUAAUAUAGAAUAGAUCUAUUCAGCAGAA